AUGAACUUGCAGGUGACAGGCCUGGACCCGGACGGAAUGAAGCUGGACGGCCCUCAGUGCUUCCUGGACCAGGAGGAGGCGGAGGAGGCGGAGGAGGCGGAGGAGGCCGAGGGUCGGCAGCUGCUGGAGCCCGAGACGUGGCGGGCCUACGCGGAGCGCCGCAACGCUCUGCGCAAGUUCCUGACCUCGGCCCUGAGCCCCCAGCUGCUCAAGCGCCACCACGCCCGCGUGGAGCUCCUCAAGAAGUGCUCCUACCACCUCGAGCUCCUCCCCAAGCACCUGGCCCUGGGCGACCAGAACCCGCGGGUGCUGCCCACCACGUUCCAGUUCAUCGACCCGCAGAAGUUCCAGCGCAUGAAGAAGGUGGGCGUGGCCCAGACCAAGAUCCAGCUGCAGCUGCUUGGGGAGCUGCUGGGGCAGCUAGACCACGGCCGCGCUGAGCUGGACGCCCUGCUCGAGUCACCGGACCCUCAGCCCUUCCUGGCGGGCUGGCGGCUCGUGCAGCAGCGGCUGGCAGACCUGGCGGCCGUCACGGACAGCUUCCUGGCCACGAUGGUGCCAGGGCGCCUGCACACCAAACACCGCCUGGUGUCUGACGUCGGCGCCACCAAGAUCCCCCACAUCCAGCUCAUGCUGAGCACCAAGAUGCCCGUCACGUUCGACCGCAAGGAGUCGGUGGCCCACCAGGACUGGGUCAGCCUGCGCUGGUUUGUCACCCUCCAGCCGGCCGUGCCAGAGCAGUUUGAGCUGUGCUACGAGCUGCUGGACCCACAGACACAGCAGGAGUGCCUGCAGUGUGGCAUCAUCCCCGUGGCCGCCUGCACCUUUGACGUCCGAAACCUGCUGCCCAACCGCUCCUACAAGUUCACUAUCAAGAGGGUGGAGGGCUACACGCUGGUGUACGAGCCCUGGCUGGACAGCCUCACCCUGCAGACCAGGCCUAGGCCCCCUGAAGGGCCCGCCCCCCCGUAG